AGGAAAGGCUGCAAGUUUCACGCGACGCUGGCUGCCGAUGAACUCGCAUUGUUCAGGGUGUCCGGUUCCAACCCUGACACGCCUCUGUAAUCACAUGAUAGGAGAAUGGGAGAAGGACUUCUCUCUUGAAUUAUGGCGACAGUAACUAUCUGCGGGACCCGGGUUGAGCUGUUGUGUCAAAGUGACAAGUCGAGGAGCCGCACCGCGAACGCACAAGAAGGUGAAGAAGUGCGGAAAGUGGAACUUUGAUCGGACUCUCGCAUCUGCGCUGAUCCAUUUACCAGUAGCACGACUGCCAGUCAGAAAAGGCUGAGCAUCCUGGAGCAUCUUGUAGCAUACUUAAUGAAUUAAAGUUUUAAAAUGUCAUCAGAUGCUAGCCAUAUGCUGGAGGCUGCCUUGGAACAAAUGGAUGAUAUUAUUGCAGGUUCCAAGGCUGUAACGGAAUAUACCAACAGCAUGUUCGAUAUUGGUUCACCAGGGUACUUAGGCUCCUUGCAAGUCUUGCAGCUUGUUGAAGAACUGAAAAUGGCUUUGCAAUUUCUGUCCAAUGGUGAGGAAAAGGAGUCUUUAAGAGAUCAAAUUCCAGAGGCUACCAUUCUGUAUUUAACUGAAUGGUUAGAACGGGGCACGGUACAUCUUCGCUCACCUGUAAACAAUGAAACCUACCAAGAGCGACUGGCACGUUUAGAAGGAGAUAAGGAGUCACUGGUACUGCAGGUUAGCGUAUUAACCGACCAGGUAGAGGCUCAAGGAGAGAAGAUAAGAGACUUGGAGAGCUCUCUGGAGGAACACCACCACAAGCUUAACUCAACAGAAGAAAUGCUCCAACAGGAACUGCUGAGCAGGACAUCUCUUGAAACACAGAAACUGGAUCUCAUUGAUGAAGUUUCAAACCUCAAGCUGAAGUUAGUUGGCAUGGAAAAGGAACAGCGUGAUUGUGAAUACAAACAGCACAAGGCUGAGUCUGUGGUAAACCUGAUUAGUGAACUACAGGAGCAGAUGUGUAGAUUUCAGCAGGAGAUCAAUAUCCGAAUCCUGGAAAAAAAUGCACAGGAACACAGACCUGCUGAAUAUAAAGAUAAGGAGCUACAGCAAGACACAAAUCCCACCCUGAAUGUUUCUAGUUAUGGACUGCAUUGUUACUGUGGUGGGGAGAAAGGUUUACUGCAAGAACUGAAGAUGCUGAAAAAUAAAGUUGUGGAGCUAGAGGGGGAAAAGUCACAAUAUGAACGGAAACUCAAAGCCACUAAGCUUUCUAUUUCUUAUUCCCUCCAUGUCUGUUACCAGUCCUUAAUGACCAAGCUUUCUAGCCUGAAACUGACAGUUGAACAGAUGCAGGUAGAGAAACAGCACUGGGAGGAGAAAUACAGAAUUGCUCAGGCUGAAAUAAUGAAUCUUCAGCAGCAGUUAGAAACAAAAGAUGCUGAAAUUGAAAGUCUGCGAAAUCAGAUGGCACUCAGAGUCCCUACACAAUGUGACAGUACAGAGAGAGAGGAGGUUUAUAGGAGAAGGCUGAAAGAAAAACAUCAAGAAUUGCAACGACUGAAAAUUGGAAUGGAAACUUUGCUGACCGCUAAUGAGGAAAAGGACCGUCGAAUUGAAGAACUCACAUUACUACUAAAUCAAUAUAGAAAGAUGAAAGAUGGUCAAACAUCAGGCAUUUGUGAGCAGAUAUCAUCAGACAGCAGUGAAGAGCUCAAUGGAACUGGAAAAAUAAGGAAUCCAGUAUAUAAAGUUCAGCCACAAAUAAUCAGAACAGAGACGCCACCUAGGGGACCAUCACCAUCUUUAGUUUCUCCUUCUUCAGUAGAAAAGGAGGUGGACAGCAGGACACAACAGAAGAUGUUAUCCAGUAGUCUAGAAGAUCUACAGAGUGGAUCACUGCAGAAGCAUGUAGUUGGCGAACCAGUAGAACCAGUUGUAUCACCAGAGAACAAAACUUAUUUUGAAAAUAAUAAAUAUCAGACACUUCCUGGGAAAUUCUCUCGAGUUAAUCAGAACGGAGACAGUGAAAAACUGAAGUCUCCAAAUUUCCAAAGAAUAAAAGAUGGUGCAGAAGAAAGUGAUUUUAGCCUAAAUCGCAGCAGGAGUGCCAGUGCUCCAGCAUUAGGCAAAACAGAGAAACUGGAUGACUCAACACCAAGUCCCUCUGACCUUUCACCCCACUCCUCUGGGGUUGACUCUGGACCGCAGUCACCAGGCUCUCCAGAGAACAAGAAGAGUCCUAAGGGGAUCAAGAAAUUUUGGGGCAAAAUUAAAAGAACUCAGUCAGGUAACCUUAAUGCUGAUGACUUGGGCCCUUCUGAAUUCCGAAGAGGUGGAUUGCGUGCAACAGCAGGCCCACGACUUGCAAGGACUACAGAGUCUGAAAGCAAUAUCAGUGACUAUACAGCUCCUUUUUCCCAGUGGAAGACUGAACAGGUCUGUAGCUGGUUGGAAGAGUUUGGUCUGGGUCAUUAUGUGAAUCUGACGAGACAGUGGGUAAAGACUGGACACACACUGCUGACAGCCACUCCUCAAGAUAUGGAAAGGGAAAUGGGAAUUAAGCAUCCCCUGCACAGAAAGAAACUUCAGCUGGCUAUUAGAUCAUUUAAUAUGAAACUGAAUGAAAAAUCAGCAGCACUGGAUCAUAUCUGGGUGACCCGAUGGCUGGAUGAUAUUGGUCUCCCUCAGUACAAAGAUCAGUUCAGUGAAGCAAGAGUUGAUGGAAGGAUGCUUCAGUAUUUGACUGUGAAUGACCUUCUUUUUCUUAAAGUUACCAGUCAGCUCCAUCAUCUCAGUAUUAAAUGUGCUAUUCAUGUGCUCCAUGUUAACCAGUUCAAUCCAAAUUGCCUGCGACGCAGACCAGGAGAUGAGCACAACACAACUCCUUCUGAAGUGGUACAAUGGUCCAACCAUAGAGUAAUGGAGUGGCUGCGUUCUGUGGAUUUGGCAGAGUAUGCACCAAAUCUCCGAGGCAGUGGCGUGCAUGGUGGGCUUAUUAUUUUAGAGCCUCGCUUCAAUUCUGAUACAAUGGCAAUGCUUUUAAACAUUCCAACACAGAAGACCCUUUUGAGAAGACACUUGACUACCAACUUCAACACAUUAAUUGGUUUAGAGGCACAGCAAGAAAAAAGAGAGUUCAUGGAAUCCUCCACAUACACAUCUCUAACAACUACUGCAAAAGUCCGGCCAAAGAAACUUGGAUUUUCAAACUUUGGACAUUUGAGAAAGAAAAAGUUGGAUGAUUCUGUUGAUUAUAUUUGCCCAAUGGACAGAGGCCAUCCUUCAGUAAAUGGAACCCCAGACUCUUAUGGAGGAGUCCGAGGACUUAGCCCAAUCUUUGACAAGGACUUGGAUGAACUGGUUCAGAUAGAGGUUACAGAAGGGACAAUGAAACAAAUUGGUGUACUCUCUGAAGGCAUCAGUAACCUUACGGUUGCAGAAGUGGACUUGGACGCAGAUUCUGUUCCCUUGGAAGAAGACAAAGAACUGGCACCCUGGUGUAUGAAGGAAACCUCUCUUUAAGUCUGCCUUGAGCUGGUGAAGAUGGGACAACUCGAGUCACAAAUGCAACCCAGGAACAUCAUUAAAGACAUAUUUAAUAAAACCAUGAAGAGCGACUUCUGCCAGCGUUUUGCCGACUGCAUUUCCUAUGCGUCCC